AUGGAUUCACUAUUCUCACCAGGUCAGCGGCCCCCGUCUCCAUCUUCCUCAGGUCCAGUCACGGAUUUCGCCUUGAUUGAAUCGCAAAAGGAGAAUAUCAGACCUUUGGCGACUGGACGAUCAGCCGCUACUCUGUCGAACGUACUCAAGGAACCCACCGCUGCGGAUAAAGUGGCUCAAGAGGGACAUGAGCGAUUUCGGAAGGACAUCGAAGACGCGGAGAAGAGGGACAAGGAGGGUGAGGAUAUGAUAGAUGGAAUAUUGGAUAUUCUGGAUGUAUAUAAUAAGUACAUACUGUUUGUAGUACAACAUCACGUAUCGUCAGAUACACACCUCCUACCCUUGUUAGAAACCACCACAAGGCGCUUCGUCAAUGACACGAGAUACACACAGGAUAUCCGAUACUUGAAAUUAUGGGUGAUGUAUGCCAGGCAGAUAGAAAGAAGAGAAGAGAUUUGGGCAUUUCUGGAAUCUAGGGAUAUAGGGACUAGACAUUCUGUGUUUUACGAAGAAUGGGCAAGUGCGUUAGAAGGUUUGGGGAGACGCAAAAAGGCAGAUGAGAUUUAUCGAUUGGGUAUAGCUCGUAAAGCCUCACCUCCUGAUAGAUUGAAGAACCGGCAUAAGCAAUUCCUUGAGAGGAUCAUGGCUCCCCCUUCAGGUGUGGUACCAGAUGAUGAACCGUCUUCAUCCACUUCAGCACCUGCCAGAACACUGGGCAGAUCAGUAUUAGGUCAAGUAGCCACCGCCUCGACCUCUGUAGCUGGAGCUACUCAGCUGGCGCCCUCCCUCAGAGUAGCGAGUAAGGGCAAUGGGAGUAAAAUGGAGGUUUUCUCAGAUGAUAAAGGUAGAUCGGAUGAUAGCGCUCCAGGAGAAUGGGCAGAUUUCGGUACUCGAGAUGCUAGAAGGAAAGAAAACACCAUAGAGGCUACACCAUGGAGAGGAGAGACUCUACCUCAGAGCGCUUCUAGAACUAGAAUGGCGCCUAGGACACCAAAGGUUGAGGUGUUCAAGGAUGUAUCCGAGAACGAAGGUAUACGCUCAGCCGACGAAGUAUUUGUACGACAGAAGCAACCACCAACAGAAGCUGAAUUGCUCAAAUCAGAUCCUCUGAGACACUACGAUACGUCGGAACUCUCGACUGCAAUUCCAUCUCUGCCUGCACCGCCCUCAGCCAGGAAACCUCCAAGAGCUGGGAAAACAUCCUCGUCAUCACGCUUUGUCAUGCAGCCUUGGGAGUGUCCUAAAGAUGGACCUGAUACGAAGAACGCGGCUGGAAAGGUGGAACGACGGAUGUUCGAUUGGAAUGCAGUAUACAAGAAUGGAGAUGAGUGGAGUUUCGAGGAGAUCAGAGCUAGGCAGAGGGGCUUACUGGGCAAAGAGUGGAAGGGUGAGGUGAAAGAAUGGGAGAGAUCAUGGCAUAACCCUGGUUCUUCCACACCCAAAGCUGAAGAAAAGAAAGUCAAACCGCCUUCUCCGACUGUCAACACCAAACUUGCCGAAUUAGAAGUGAUGAAGAUGUUUGAUCAGACUAUUCAUGGGAGUAAGGUCCGAGGUUCGGCCAGUGACUCUGAUGAUUCGUCGGAUGAAGAAGAGGUGGAAGAACCUGCUCAAUGUGCUCCUACACCUUUACCUGCAAGACCAGGAUCCAUCGCCAUGUUAGCAGCAACUCCACGGGCUAUGAUUCCUCCCACCCCGACUCCUGCAGGUCAAAGUCGGCUUUUCACCCCGGGUGAAAACCCCACUUCCAAGCCACUGGUCUUCAACGAUGAAAAUGCUGCUUCCUCCAAACCAACAGUCUUUCAAGAUGAAAAUAUCCAAUCAUCCAGACCAGCAGUUUUCAGUGACGAAAACUCUGUUCCUCCCUCAGCGAGCAAACCGGGUAAAUUCAACAUCUUCAAUGAUACCCCCGCAAAAACUCCUUUGACCAGUUGUACACCCCUUGCAUCGAGUUCAUCAAAACCGAAAGCUUUCGGUAUCUUCUCUGACGAGAAUGGUGAUCAGGAAAAUGCAGUACAGGCUACACCCUCGGCAGCACCCAAACAACGUCAGCCACUCUCGCAGAACCUCUUCGCUACUCCUGCUCUAACGAGACAGGGUUCGUAUGGUAGAGGAGUUACUGAGUCGAUUCAGGAAGUGCCAGAAGGAGAUGAAGAAGCUAAAGAGGAGGAAGCGGGCUUCGUCCAUGAAGUACAGCAAGGUGUGGCUCGGGUGGACUUGAACGAUGUAUACGAGGAAGAGGAAGAAGAAGAAAGGCCAAGAGGAAUGAGAAGAUUUCAAAUCAACACUAUGACACCUAUCACCGAGAGGACCUGUGAAUACACCCACAUGACGAAUCUCCGUUCGUCUACCGCAAGUAAUACGAGACCAUUCAGUGUCGCUGAGGAUGAAGAAGAAGAAGGGCAAGAAGACGCUUUCGUCGCUUCUGAUCCAGCUAAAGUAACAGCUGGAAUAUCUUCGACCGAUCCAGAGAAUCAACAUCCUCCUCAACAAGCGGGAAAUGAAAGUACUUCUCCACCUGCCCAAUUCAUCGAAUUCGACAAAUCCAUCUUAUCGGAAGAUGAUAUGCCCUCAGGUGAUAUCAAUGGCAAGUUCCAACUUCCAGAAGGUUUCACCAUCCAUCGAAAUGAGAAUACGAUGCAUACGAUGGUCUUGACGGAUGGCGAGACUAUGCAUACUGCUAGGGAAGGCUCCGUCGAUCCUACGACAGAGAGUGAAAAUUUUGUAACUGCCAACCAUCAGAUACCUGAAAUCUUCAAUAUACCCAAUCCAUGUAAUCCUGCAUCCUCUGAAAUCCUUGAGACGAUUUUAACAUCCAUUGAACCUCCCAUUCCGCAAAUACCUGGAUUCAUCGAUUGUCGAUCCACCUCAUCAUCUAAUUGGGCUCAACUACAGAAACACGCCAAAUCAAGAGGUAGAAGAGGAAGUACCAACUCUAGAGCAUCUGUCGCUCCCUCAGAUGAUAUUCUCCCUAUCGAAUUGCAAGGUAAGAAAUAUGAAUUCGGAGAUAAGAUCGGUGAAGGUGGAUUCGGAUUGGUUUUCUCAGCUGUUGAUGUUGCACAACGACAGUUGGAAGAUGAUAUGGAUUCUGACGAUGAAGAUGAAGACGAAGAUGGGGAUGAAAAAGAAGAUAAGUCAAUAUUGGCUAUCAAGGUUGAACAACCCUCUUCGAUAUGGGAAUACAUCGUAUUGAAUCGGAUAUACUCCAGAAUCAGCAAAUCAGCUUUAUCGUCCAUCAUUCAAACUCGACAACUUUACGCAUUCAAAGAUGAAAGCUAUCUUUUGAUGGAUUAUUCGUCUCAAGGAACUUUAUUGGAUGUCGUGAAUAAAGCGAAUACGAUUGGUAUUUCACCUUCGACUUCAGGUGGACCAUCAACCUUAGAAGAGAUGUUAUGUAUAUUCUUCAUUGUGGAGUUACUCAAAUUGGUAGAAGAAUUACACUCAAACGAUUUCAUCCAUGGUGAUUUGAAGAUCGAUAAUUGUCUCAUACGAUUGCCGGAUAUACCCACUUCUUCCUGGUCAGCCUCACACUCUAGAGAAGGUAAAAAUGGAUGGUCAUCAAAGGGAGUUAGAUUAAUUGAUUUUGGUAAAACACUCGACCUAACGCUUUAUCCAUCGAAGAGAGAUCAGAAGUUUGUCAUUGGGGAUUGGAAAGCAGACGAAAAAGAUUGUAUAGAAAUGCAGAAUGGUGAGAACUGGAGUUAUCAGACUGAUUAUUAUGGAUUGGCAAGUAUAGCCUAUACAAUGUUAUAUGGGAGACACAUCAAGGUCGUGAAGGGUCAAGAUGGAUUAUGGACUAUUGAUCAGGGAUUGAGGAGGUACUGGCAACAAGACCUAUGGACAAACUUCUUCCGUACCCUCCUUAACCCAGGGGACGAUUUGCCCAUCACCGAAAGAUUAGUAGAGAUCAGACGAGGGUUUGAGAAUUGGUUGGAAGAGAAUUGUCAGAAGGGCGGAAAAAACUUGAAGAGCAUGUUGAAGAAGAUUGAACUGGCAGCUAUCACUGGAAAACGAUAG